AUGGUCGCAGCAGUCUGCCUAACGCGGACGAGGACUUUUCCAGCACUCUGUGCUUGCUGCUUGUGCCUGGGAGCCGUGAACACUGGCCUUUCUGCAGAAGAUGGCAUGUCUAGAGCCUGGGUGACGUGUCCCAGGCGGGAUGCGGCGCUCGGCUACUACACUGCGGCACUGAAGGGCGCGGCCAGAGUGGCAAGCUCCGACUUUGACUCUCAGAGCUCCAGCUUCAGGCGGCUAGCGAGGCUCCAUUUUCGUGCCGUGGAGCUUCGACGCCAGAAGAAGUGGGAUGGAGCAUCGAACGUGUACCGCGCGGCCAUUGGAUUAUACAGAACCAUGCCGCCAGCGAAGGAGGUGCCCUCCUUCGCUGCUGCCGCCUGCACCUGGCUGAAUUUGGCAUUGACAGAGAAGAACAAUGGGCACUUCGACGCCGCCCGACGUGUCUUUCAAGACGGCACGCGGUUUGUCCAAGAACAAAUGCAGAAGGAACUCGAUGUGCGUAUUGAUGGGCAGCACCGAGUUCUCUCAGGGACACAAGUUCAAGCGUCCAGCCGUGAUAUCCAGGUGGCCUGCAAAUGGCUUGCCACUUUGCUGGUGUCUUGGGGCUUGCUGGAAACGCAGCGAGGGUAUGCAGGCCGUGCGAAGGUGCUGGCCCAGCGAGCUGCAAAUCUUGAUGGGAGCAAGGCGAAAGUCGGGGCCUUGGGCGACGUGUUCGCGAUGACGCAGGGCUUUGCCUUCCGGUUCCUUUCCAUUGUAGCUGUUGGAAUCUUUCUGGCGAACAUCAGUGCGCUGUGGGACAGCUCGCGGUCGACGGCCUGGGCAACUCCGAGAAGUCCCAGCCAAGAGUCAGCUGUCGGAUACUACACCGCAGCGCUGCGGGGAGCUGCGACAGUCACCGGCCCAGAAAGCUCGGCCUUUCAGAGACUAGCGCGGCUCCACUACCACGCCGUGCAGUUGAGACGCGAGAGGAAGUGGGCCGGAGCAUCGGCCGUGUAUCGCACGGCAAUCGCUUUGCAAGAGCACAUGCCCCCGGCGAAAGAGGUGCCGGCCUAUGCCGCAGCUGCAUGCACCUGGCUGAACCUGGCCCUGACAGAGCAGAACAACCUUCGCUUCGACAAAGCCCGUGAAGCUUUUCAAAAUGGAACACAAUACGUCCAAGAGACCAUGCAGAAGGAGCUGAAAGUUUGGAUCGAUGGGCAAAACCGGCUGCGUUCUCGAGCUCUUGCACAGGCAGAACGCCCUUUGGUCGCAGAGCCGACCUUUUUGGCGACGUCGUUCAGGUAA